UGCUACUCUCGGUUUGACUAACCGAUCCUUAUUACUCCUUCCUCUUGUUCUACUUCCUUCGACUCCAUUCCAAGUCCUACGCUAUGGCCGCUUCGUCUCCGUCGUCGUCGGCGACUGCCACCAACGUAAUGCUCGCGAUAUUCGAGAAGAAGACCACCUCCGUCGACCUCUACCGCCCGCUCCGCAACUACAUCGCCCUCAACUACUCUGACCGCGAGGCCCAGAACCUCGAGGAUGACCUCCAAACCCUAAAGCAGUUCCGCUCCGAUCUCGAGCGCCAACCCGAUCCGACCCCUUCAGCCCGUCGCGACCUCCUCCAGAAUUACUUCAAGGCCCUUUGUCUCGUCGAGACUCGCUUCCCAAUCUCACCCGACAAGGACCACAUCAACACCGUCACCUUCACCUGGCACGACGCGUUUAAGCAGAAGCAGAAAGCCUCGCAGCAGAACAUUCAUUUGGAGAAGGCCGCCGUGCUAUUUAAUUUGGGCGCGGUGUACAGCCAGAUUGGGCUCUCCUACGAUCGGUCCACUGUCGAUGGGCGGAAGCUGUCAUCGCACGCGUUCAUGGGGGCGGCCGGGGCGUUUGCGUUUCUAAGAGACAAUGCUUCAACCAAAGCGUCAAUCGGGAGUUCGACCACCGUGGACAUAUCCUUGGAGUGCGCCGGGAUGCUCGAGCGCCUAAUGCUUGCGCAGGCCCAGGAGUGCGUGUUCGAGAAUACCAUAGCUAAAGGGAGUACCCCGGGGGUCUGCGCCAAGAUCUCCAGGCAGGUUGGGGUGUACUACGAGGAAGCUUUGGCAGCCCUGAAUGUUGCACCUUUAAACCAGCAUUUUGAAAAGGCCUGGAUAUUUCAUGUGCAACUAAAGGCAGCUCUGUUUUACGCAGAAGCUUGCUAUAGGUACAGUCUAGAGCUUCACGAGAAGGAAGACAUCGCAGAGGAAAUUGCACGGUUGAGGAGUGGGGUCAGUGCUUUAACCGAGGCAAAGAAAUACUCAAAGGGAGCUGCAGCGCAACUUCUGGAUGCAAUCAGCAAGUUAGAGGUUAAUCUCAACCGAAAUUUGGAGAGGGCCAUCAAGGAGAACGAUAGAGUUUACCUCAUGAGGGUUCCUUCCCCGAGUUCCUUGCCUCCUCUUUCAGCAUUCUCCCUGGUCAAGCCAGUGGCAAUGAAUGAGGUAUUGGAUGCAAGCAGGGAGAAGAUGUUUGCAAGUCUUGUUCCAGACAGCAGUGCUAAGGCACUUUCCAGGUACACUGAAAUGGUCGAUGACAUUAUCAGAACGCAAGCUGAAAAAUUACAACAAGCCAGUGAGUUGACCCGAGUAAGGCUCAAGGAAAUGGACCUACCGGAAUCUAUUCUUGCUUUAGAAGGGAAUUUUACUCUUUCAACAGAUCUUAAAGAAGAUGUGGAGGCAGUGCAAAUAAGUGGGGGCCCAGCUGGUUUGGAAGCAGAGUUACAGCAACUUAGGGAUCUGAAGAGGGUGAACCAGGAAAUGCUGAUCCAGGUAGAGGAACUCUUGCAGAAAGAGGCAAGAGAAGAUACUCAAUUUAGAAGCCAAUUUGGAACGCGUUGGACUAGACCUCAGUCCAGCACUCUUACAAAGAACUUACAGGAUAGGUUGAACAGAUUUGCAGCUAACUUGAAGCAAGCUGCAGAAAGUGAUGGCCGGAUCGAGCGUUCAGUGAGGGAACAUUCAGCACUCAUGUCAAUCCUUGAUCGCCGUCCAAUUGAAUCAGCCCUCCCAACUUUGGCUAGGCCAAUAAUGUCCCUAGAUGCCAAUGAAGAUGCUGUUGUUGGGGCCCUGAAGCAGAGCUUGAGGCAAUUGGAAACUCUUGGUGCACAACGGGCUGGUCUUGAAGACAUGCUUAAAGAGAUGAAAAGGAAGGAUGAUAUACUACCGAAGCUGAUGACAUCAACUGGCUCCUAUGAGGAUCUUUUCAGAAAGGAGAUAUCAAAGUACGAUCACAUAUGUGAAGAAAUUGCCCAAAAUAUUGAAGCACAGGAACAAUUAUUGCUGCAAAUCCAGGCUCAAAAUGAUGAUUUUUCUGCUAUCUUUAAUCUUGAAGAUUAUAAAGCAUCGCGUGAGAAAUGUUACAAGCAGAUUCAAGCUGCCAUUGCGAAGUUUCGAGAGAUUAAGGAGAACAUCAAUGAAGGAUUGAAGUUCUAUGUUACUCUUCAGGAUGCAAUCACAAAUGUAAAGCAGCAGUGUAGUGAUUUUGUCAUGACCAGAAGCAUCCAGUGCCGUGAAAUGAUGGAAGAUGUGCAAAGACAAAUGGCAGGCCUCAGUUUCCAGGAUGGUAAAAGCACAAGUGCGUACAACAGCAAUUACCCUCCAGUAGGACAUCAGAAUCAGAGAUCUAAUUCACAACAGCAAGCAGAUCCUCGUCCACAAACACCUUACUACCAGCCACGUGAGCCACCGACAAUGCCAGGGUAUCCUAACCCUCCACCUUAUAGCUCCCCUCAGCCACCACCGCCUCCUUACCAAGUUCCAGCUGCUUCUGCUGGUCCGUAUCCACCUCCUCAAACCCAACAGCAGCUUCCUGCAAGCCACGAGUAUGGCCAACCUGCUUAUCCGGGGUGGCGAGGCCCAUACUACAAUGCCCAUGCACAACAACAUGGAUCUGUUCCUCGGCCUCCGUAUACCAUUCCAGCUCCAUAUCCUCCUCCUCGCCAAAGUGGCUACUAUCAGCAACAGUAGUGUAGCGGUGUAGCAUGUCCUUUUUUUGGCUGUAUAAUUUGAUUGCUUGGGAUUGGUCACUUAUUGUAAAAUGGAUUGGAUAUAGUUAAAUGCAAUUUAUGAUUGUGUAGUCUAUUUAUCUUGAUAGUCCCUCCGUUGGUCUGCAUAAUGUUCUUUGUAGUUUGUACGUGAAUAGCACGGCUUAUACAAGGAUUUUUCUUCUAUGUAUAGCGUUUAAAGAAUGUUGGGAUUUAUGAAAUGACACUAAUAAUGUGAAAUGUUUGGUAGAAAA